AUGGUCUCGGAUUCAGUCAGGAAAGCCCCGCAGACAGUCGAAAAGGUAGCCAAGAUUCCCGCCGUCAUUCGUGUCUUGGAGGGGCUAACUCAUAAGCAUAGUUUUCCGCCCGAUCGCAUCACCUCAGCCGCAAAGGAUCGAAAUCUAACGGUUGAGGAGAUGGGCGGGAAUGCGCAGAUAUUGAACGAGCUGCAAUCAAACCUUUUACCUUCGAUCAGCGAUCAGCUCGGCUCGCUGUUAGGCUCGUUGGACUUGAUAGAUUCCGAUAAGAAUCCAGAGCCGGACAUCGACUUGACUCUGGAGAUCUUAUCCAGCCUCGAUCAGACUUUAGAGAGCACUUCUCAUGACACCUUCCUCCGAUGCUGGAUCAUCUCGAGUCUUUCCGAACAAGAUUCUUGGACUUGGAAGGAGGCGUCCAGUUCGAGGGAAGUGAUUCGGUUUACGACAGCUUAUGCCCAACAUCAGAUCGAUCAGACGAUCGGAUGGUCACGACAAUCAGACUGGGCUAUCAUCCAUCAAGACUAUCUAUUGGGAGCCGAGUCAUUUGAUAAGGUUCUAGAGCUGUUGACGAGUGUGACAGAUAUCCGUUGGAUGAUCCAAUCGACCGGACAAGCCGAUCCGAGCCAUAGUAUCGAGACCGAUCCCGAGGAGAGUGAGGCCGGAGGAGAUGGAUCGAUGGUUGAUGAAGUAGCUAGGUUCGCGAUCACGCUGGUGAAAUUAGGAAGACUGCUGUUGAGGAAGACAGCUGAAGCGAUUCGGAAGGAACUACUACUUGUGGAUGGACGCAGUUCAAAAGGAUUAAUAAAGCGGUUACACCAGGCCCCCGGAUGGAUCGUUGGGCCUCUUGAGUAUCUUGCCCGGAUCCUGAAAACACCCCAUGAAGCAGUCGACAAGCUCCCGAACGCAAUGGCAUUGGUUCUGAGAGUUCUAGAUUCUCAUCUGAUUCCAUCUCUUGGCCGAAUUGAAGGUGAUUUGAUAGCUAUUACGCCUGACUUGAAGUCUUUGUUUCCUAGCUUUGAACAGUUGUGGGAUCUGGGUCAUGAUCUCACCCCAGAGCUUUCUGAGGGUCAAGUCAAGGACCUCAUCCUGAAGUCAGAAUCCGGUACCAAGGACCUCAUCCUCGAGUCAGAAUCCCGUACCAAGGACCUCCUGGAUGCCCAAUCCCUCAAGGCCAGUAAGGCCCUUGAAGUGGACCACAAAUCUGCUGAUGGCAUCUUUAUUGAACUCCAAGCAGACAUAGCCAACAUCCAAGCAACAGGGCCAGGCCGAGGAGAGGGUGUCAUAGGAACUCAGUAG